UGCUGGCCUGCUGCUGCGCUGCUGAGCAGUAUGCAGUCCUUCCGGGAGCAAAGCAGUUACCACGGGAACCAGCAGAGCUACCCCCAGGAGGUGCACGGCUCAUCCCGGAUAGAGGAGUUCAGCCCUCGCCAGGCCCAGAUGUUCCAGAAUUUUGGGGGUGCUGGUGGUGGCAGCGGCGGCAGCAGCAGCGGUGGUGGACGACGAGCAACGGCGGCGGCGGCGGCCGCGAUGGCCAGCGAGACCUCUGGCCAUCAGGGCUACCAGGGCUUCAGGAAGGAGGCUGGAGACUUCUACUACAUGGCAGGCAACAAGGACCCCGUGGCCGCAGGAACCCCGCAGCCUCCUCCGCGAAGGCCUUCCGGGCCGGUGCAGAGCUACGGACCCCCCCAGGGGAGCAGCUUUGGCAAUCAGUAUGGCAGUGAGGGUCACGUGGGCCAGUUUCAAGCACAGCACUCUGCCCUUGGCGGUGUGUCUCAUUACUCACAGGAUUACACGGGGCCGUUCUCUCCGGGGAGCGCUCAGUACCAGCAGCAGCCUUCCAGCCAGCAGCAGCAGCAGCAGCAGCAGCAGCAGCAGCAAGUGCAGCAGCUGCGACAGCAGCUCUACCAGUCCCAUCAGCCCCUGCCGCAGGCCGCCAGCCAGCCGGCGUCCGGUGCCUCCCACCUGCAGCCCAUGCAGCGGCCCUCAGCUCUGCCGGCCUCGGCUGCCGGCUACCAGCUGAGAGUGGGGCAGUUCGGCCAGCACUACCAGUCUUCUGCCACCGCCGCCGCCUCCUCCUUUCCAUCGCCGCAGCGUUUCAGCCAGUCCGGGCAGAGCUACGAUGGCAGUUACAGUGUGAACGCUGGAUCACAGUAUGAAGGGCAUAACGUGGGCUCCAAUGCACAGGCUUACGGAACACAAUCCAAUUACAGCUAUCAGCCUCAAUCUAUGAAGAAUUUCGAACAGGCCAAGAUUCCACCAGGGACCCAGCAGGGACAGCAGCAGCAACAGCAGCAGCAGCAGCAGCAGCAGCACCCCCCUCAGCACGUGAUGCAGUAUUCCAACGCCGCCACGAAGCUACCCCUGCAAAGCCAGGUCGGGCAGUACAGCCAGCCCGAGGUUCCCGUGAGGUCCCCCAUGCAGUUUCACCAGAACUUCAGCCCCAUCUCUAACCCUUCCCCAGCUGCCUCUGUGGUUCAGUCUCCAAGCUGUAGCUCUACCCCGUCUCCUCUCACGCAGAGCGGAGAGAAUCUCCAGUGUGGGCAAGGCAAUGUGCCAAUGGGCUCCAGAAACAGAAUCCUGCAGUUAAUGCCUCAGCUCAGCCCAACCCCAUCGAUGAUGCCCAGUCCCAACUCUCACGCUGCGGGCUUCAAAGGGUUCGGGCUGGAAGGGGUGCCUGAAAAGCGGCUGACCGAUCCCGGCUUGAGUAGUUUGAGUGCCCUGAGUACUCAGGUGGCCAACCUUCCUAAUACGGUUCAGCACAUGCUACUUUCCGACGCCCUGACCCCUCAGAAGAAGACCUCCAAGAGGCCUUCCUCGUCAUCCAAGAAAACAGACAGCUGCCCCAACUCGGAAGGCUCCUCACAGGCCGAGGAGCAGCUGAAGUCCCCGAUGGCAGAGUCGCUGGAUGGAGGCUGCUCCAGCAGUUCUGAGGAUCAAGGCGAGAGGGUGAGGCAGCUGAGCGGCCAGAGCACAAGCUCGGACACCACCUACAAGGGCGGGGCCUCGGGAAAGGCAGGCUCCUCACCAGCACAGGGCGCUCAGAACGAAGCCCCCCGACUCAGCACCAGUCCCGGAGCCCGAGAAGAGACCGCCUCGCCGGGUACCAAGGACACACCACUGUCAUCUGAGGGCAACCCGAAAGCCAACGAGAAGGCAGUCGGGGUGAUUGUCUCCCGGGAAGCCAUGACAGGCCGGGUGGAAAAGCCUGGGGGGCAGGACAAGGGCUCCCAGGAGGAGGAUCCUGCAGCCACACAGAGGCCGCCCAGCACCGGGGGGGCAAAGGAAACCAGCCACGCAUCACUUCCACAGCCAGAGCCGCUGGGAGGAGGCAGUAAAGGAAACAAGAGCGGAGACAGUAACUCCAACCACAACGGGGAAGGGAAUGGCCAGACCGGGCACCCCGCAGGGGGCUCUGGUUUCACAGGCAGGACUGAGCCCAGCAAAUCUCCUGGAAGCCUGCGCUAUAGUUACAAAGACAGUUUUGGGUCAGCCGUACCGAGAAACAUGAGCAGCUUUGCUCAGUAUCCUACAGGACAAGAUAAAGGGGACUUCACCAGCCACGGGGAGCGAAAGGGUAGAAAUGAGAAGUUCCCCAGCCUCCUGCAGGAGGUGCUUCAGGGUUACCACCACCACCCCGACAGGAGGUACUCCCGGAGUUCUCAGGAGCACCAGGCUAUGGCUGGCAGCCUCGAAGGAGCCACAAGGCCUAACGUCUUAGUGAGUCAGACCAAUGAGUUAGCUAGCAGGGGCCUUCUAAACAAAAGCAUUGGGUCCCUGUUAGAAAACCCCCACUGGGGUCCAUGGGAAAGGAAGUCAAGUGGCACAGCUCCUGAGAUGAAACAGAUCAAUUUGGCUGACUAUCCAAUUCCCAGAAAGUUUGAAAUAGAGCCUCCAUCAUCAGCCCAUGAGCCCGGGGGUUCCCUCUCUGAGAGAAGAUCAGUCAUCUGUGACAUUUCUCCACUAAGACAGAUUGUCAGAGACCCAGGGGCUCACUCGCUAGGACACAUGGGCGCCGACACCAGACUCGGGAGGAAUGAGCGUCUCAAUCUCAGUUUAAGUCAGUCAGUCAUUCUUCCAGGUGGGCUGGUGUCCAUGGAAACAAAGCUGAAAUCCCAGAGUGGGCAGAUAAAAGAGGAGGACUUUGAACAGUCCAAGUCCCAAGCUAGUUUCAACAACAAGAAAUCAGGAGACCACUGCCACCCUGCUAGCAUCAAGCACGAGUCCUACCGAGGCAAUGCCAGCCCUGGAGCGGCGACCCACGAUUCCAUCUCAGACUACGGCCCGCAGGACAGCAGACCCACACCAAUGCGGCGAGUCCCCGGCAGAGUUGGCGGUCGGGAGGGCAUGAGGGGUCGGUCCCCUUCUCAGUAUCAUGACUUUUCAGAAAAGUUGAAGAUGUCCCCUGGGAGGAGCAGAGGCCCAGGGGGCGACCCUCAUCACAUGAACCCACACAUGACCUUCUCCGAGAGGGCCAACAGGAGUUCUUUGCACGCCCCCUUUUCUCCCAAUUCAGAAAGCCUGGCCUCUGCUUAUCACACAAACACACGUGCUCAUGCUUAUGGGGACCCCAGUGCAGGUUUGAAUUCCCAGCUCCAUUACAAGAGACAGAUGUACCAACAGCAGCAAGAGGAAUAUAAGGACUGGGGCGGCAGUUCUGCUCAGGGAGUGAUCGCUGCGGCUCAGCACAGGCAGGAGGGGCCCCGCAAGAGUCCACGGCAGCAGCAGUUUCUUGACCGAGUCCGGAGCCCCCUGAAGAAUGACAAAGAUGGCAUGAUGUACGGCCCACCGGUGGGGACGCACCAUGACCCCAGCGGCCAGGACGGCGGGCGCUGCCUCAUGUCCAGUGAUGGCCUUUCUAACAAAGGCAUUGAACUGAAGCACAGCUCCCAGAAGUUACAGCAAGAAUCUUGCUGGGAUCUCUCUCGGCAGACUUCUCCAGCCAAAAGCAGCGGCCCCCCAGGAAUGUCCAGUCAGAAAAGGUACGGACCACCCCACGAGACUGACGGACAUGGGCUCACGGAGUCUACGCAGUCAUCCAAACCGAGUAACGUUAUGCUGAGACUUCCAGGUCAAGAGGAUCAUUCUUCUCAAAACCCCUUAAUCAUGAGGAGGCGUGUCCGUUCUUUUAUCUCUCCCAUUCCCAGUAAGAGACAGUCACAGGACGUGAAGAACAGCAACACUGAAGAUAAAGGGCGCCUCCUUCACCCGUCAAAAGAAGGCACUGACAAAGCGUACAAUUCCUAUGCCCAUCUUUCUCACAGUCAGGAGAUCAAGUCCAUCCCUAAGAGGGAGUCCUCCAAGGACCUUCCAAGUCCAGAUAGUAGGAACUGCCCCGCGGUUACCCUUACAAGUCCUGCUAAGACCAAAAUCCUGCCCCCGAGGAAAGGCCGGGGGUUGAAACUGGAAGCUAUCGUCCAGAAGAUCACAUCCCCAAACAUUAGGAGGAGUGCGUCCUCGAACAGCGCAGAGGCCGGGGGAGACACGGUUACUCUUGACGACAUCCUGUCUUUGAAAAGCGGCCCUCCGGAAGGUGGGAGCGGUGCUGUUCCGGACGCUGAGCUGGAGAAGAGAAAAGGCGAGGUGAUAGCUGAGCUGGCCUGUCCCGCAAGCCAGGAGCUGAGCGGAGAAAAGCCUCUGGCCCGGUCUUCGGAGGAGUGGCGCGGUGGUGGGGAUGACAAGGUGAAGGCGGAGACGCACCCUGACGCAGUCGCCGCUGGGAAGGAGCCCCCUGGUGCCAUGGCAUCCGCAACCUCACAGAAGCCUGGGAGUAACCAGGGGAGACCAGACGGGCCCCUGGGCGGGACAGCACCUUUAACCUUUCCUGACUCGAAGAGCGCACCUCCAGUGGGCACGCUGGCUCCCGAGGCAAACCCCAAGGCUGAAGAGAAAGAGAGCGAUGCCGUGACGAUUUCCCCCAAACAGGAGGGCUUCCCCCCGAAGGGUUACUUCCCCUCAGGAAAGAAGAAAGGGAGACCCAUUGGUAGCGUGAAUAAGCAGAAGAAACAGCAGCAGCCCCCACCGCCACCCCCACAGCCCCCUCAGAUACCAGAGGGCUCUGCUGAUGGAGAGCCAAAGCCGAAAAAGCAGAGGCAGCGGAGGGAGCGCAGGAAGCCCGGGGCGCAGCCCAGGAAGCGGAGGGCCAAGCAGGCCGCGCCCAUCGUAGAGCCCCAGGAGCCGGAGAUCAAGCUGAAGUACGCCACCCAGCCCCUGGACAAAACCGACGCCAAGAACAAGUCUUUUUUCCCUUAUAUCCACGUAGUAAAUAAGUGUGAACUUGGAGCCGUGUGUACAAUCAUCAACGCCGAGGAGGAGGAGCAGACCAAAUUGGUGAGGGGGAGGAAGGGCCAGCGGUCCCUGACGCCUCCGCCCAGCAGCACCGAGAGCAAGGUUCUCCCAGCCUCGUCCUUCGUGCUGCAGGGCCCCGUGGUGACAGAGUCUUCUGUGAUGGGGCACCUGGUUUGCUGUCUGUGUGGCAAGUGGGCCAGUUACCGGAACAUGGGCGACCUCUUUGGACCCUUUUACCCCCAAGAUUAUGCAGCCACUCUCCCCAAGAAUCCACCUCCCAAGAGGGCCGCGGAAACGCAGAGCAAGGUGAAGGUCCGGCACAAAAGCGCUUCGAACGGCUCCAAGACGGACACUGAGGAGGAGGAAGAGCAGCAGCAGCAGAAGGAGCAGAGGAGCCUGGCUGCGCACCCCAGGUUUAAGCGGCGACACCGCUCAGAAGACUGUGCCGGAGGCCCCCGGUCCCUGUCCAGGGGGCUCCCUUGUAAAAAAGCCACCACCGAGGGCAGCAGCGAAAAGACUGUUUUGGACUCAAAGCCCUCCGUGCCCACCACUUCAGAAGGUGGCCCCGAGUUGGAGUUACAAAUCCCUGAACUACCUCUCGACAGCAAUGAAUUUUGGGUCCACGAGGGUUGUAUUCUCUGGGCCAAUGGAAUCUACCUGGUCUGUGGCCGGCUCUAUGGCCUGCAGGAAGCGCUGGAAAUAGCCAGAGAGAUGAAAUGUUCCCACUGCCAGGAGGCAGGUGCCACCUUGGGCUGCUACAACAAAGGCUGCUCCUUCCGAUACCAUUACCCGUGUGCCAUUGACGCAGAUUGUUUGCUCCACGAGGAGAACUUCUCGGUGAGGUGCCCCAAGCACAAGCCUCCCCUCCCAUGCCCUGUCCCCCCCUUGCAGAACAAGACAGCGAAAGGCAGCCUCAGCACAGAGCAGUCGGAGCGGGGGUGAGGGGGGCAGUGUGCUCGUGGGAAUGGAAAGUACAGCAAGCACAGGUGAGACUGUGGAGAUGAGAAGGCGGUGGAUGCUCGUGAUGGAAUGGAAACGGUCCUCCUGUGCAGCCACGCCCCACCCCGCCCCACCCCGCGUGCCUGCCCGCGCCAGCACUUCCUUCCUAAGUCCUUACAUCACUCUCAAACCGGUGACACCACAGGAAAGAAAGGCCCAAGAAGUUGGAAUGGCUGUUUCC